CCAGGUCAGCUGAUGGAUGCACCAAGUUUUUCAGCAGGAAAACUGCGUCUUCACUCCUCAUCGUUCCUGCACGUGUGGAGAACUUCAUGGAUCCUGGGACCAGCUGACAGACAACAACACAUCUAUAGCAGGAACAUAUCAACAGGGAGAAGAUGAUCUGGAUCCUUUUGCUUGUCGGCCUGACCUCCUCUAUCUGUGGGGCGUUUGUUGUGAAAAGGACUUCGACCUUCUAUCAGACAGAGGAGGGCGACAACAUCACCAUCAGCUGGGACAGUCCCACCAAAGCUGACAUGUCUCUCACCAACCUGCUUUGUUUUCUCCAGUCAAAGCCUGUGAAGCGUUUGUAUCAAAUGGUUAAUGGUGUCGAGGUCCCAGAGUCUCAGCAUCAGCAGUUUGCAGGACGGGUACAGUGUGACAAAGACGCCCUCAGAGACGGACGACUCAGACUUUCUCUGUCCAGAGUCACGACUGACGACUCUGGAGCUUACUGGUGUGAUCUGGCUGCUGAUUAUGACCAGGACCUGAGAAGAUGGGUGCUGCAGACCUCUGAACAGUUUGUCUUGAACGUGACCUCUCGUGGAGAGAACAGUGACGUGUUCCUCACCACACCUGAAGCUGCAAAACACAAACCAGAGGGGCCGGAGAAGGGAGUCAGUUCAUAUGAGUUAAAAGUUAAAACAUUUUUUGGAGCUGUACAGGUCGCAAUCUUUCUACUUGGUUCGGCUAUCAUCGCUGUUUUGUCCGUGUUAAAAUGUGUCUCACAGGUCAAGAACAGGAAAUACAUUCCCUCAUUCAGCUCAUGAGAAAGAUCAAAACCGAGUUACAUGGCAUAACAUUCUGGUUCCAAACUGUCUGAAGAACCCCAACAAUGUUGGUAAUGUUGGUGUUGUUGGAACAAUCUCAGACUGCAUCAGCAAUAAUUAAACAGCAGCAUCACCAUAAAAAAAACUAAAAGAAACCCUACGAUCUCACUCAUCUGUGUGCUCCUCUUUUAGCCAGGUUACUAAUCACACAGACUUGACUGCUGAUCAUUAUUCUCAGUUUACUGUAGUGGUGUGUAUUUGUACGUAUUUUAUUGUCAUACAGUAACGGUACAUUUCUAUGUGAGUGUGUUGCCCCUUGAAACUUGAGUCAGACCGUCCGUCACAGUGAGCAUCAUGUCUCAUCAUGUGUUAGACUGCAGGCGAUUGAUCUGAAACAUUUCCACUGCAUCACAACUCAGCAGUAACUAAACUGAAACAUCAGUGAGAGACAAAAGAGGAGCUACAGCUGGGGCUCUUUAGAAAUACAGACUCUGGAUCAGAUUAUUGCUGUGAAGAGAGAGCUGAGUGGAGCAUUAAGCAUAAACUAUUUACCCAGCAUGCACCUUGAUCCAGGCCUGACCACAAGUCAGUCUGACAGAGACUUAAACCUGACUUCACCAGCAAAGAGGUCUUCUGAGAACAGUUCAGGCUCUAAACUGCAUCCACAGCAGCGUUUACCAACAGGAACUAACGUGAACAAAGACUCACAGAGUGUGCAGCAUGUUUAAGUCUCUGCGUGUUGAUUUCACCGCAAACUGAAAUAAAAUGAAACCAGCAGCAGCCUGGAGGAGAAGACAAACAUCCAACAUGUGACGUUAGGACUUUGAGUCAUGCUGUUUUAAUCUGACGUUUAUGUGCUGUCAGAAAAGAUGUUUUACAAUAAUUAAUAAUGGUUACAUUUUAGAUACAUCCUAAGCAUCAUUCAAGUAGAAAUUUGCUUUUUGUGUGUAUUUUUUUUAUUAUUUCUCCUUUUAUACAAAAGUAUUUUAUCCUUCUGCAAAGCAUUUUUGACUCUUUGAAGUGGCUCAACAAUAACUAAACUGAAACAUCAAUAAUAGACAUUAGAUGGAAACAAUGAAUCCAGCAAUUGUACUUCUUUAAGUAUUUAUCUGAUUUUUGUUAGUAUUAUUCUCUUUUGUCUGUCAGCAAACAGAAAGUUUUAUUCUUCUGCAAAGCACUUCUAUAUCUGUGAAGCACUUACUAAACCGGUUUGUAAACAUAAAGUUUGACUAUUGUUUUCCA